UAGCAAGCCAAGGAGACUAGCUGUCAACACUUUAUAUUUUAUGCGUAAUUGAAUUAGCUUUCUCGCAAACGUUUCUCUCGUUUGAGACGCGUUGGUUUCGUAGAGCAAACACGCUAUCUCGCUGUGAAUGUACUAAGUCUGCGGUAUGGAAGAGCUUGCAUCCUAGGGUGAUUUCGCUGUAGCUAACGUUAGCGAGGUAGACGGUUCAAUGAAUGGGAGCUAGCUAGCCGGUUUCCCUUUCUGCAUCACUGAUCCGAUAUUUCUUUUGUAAACUUCAAAUUAAUCGUAAAAUAGUUACCUCUGUGCAAACUAACUUUUGCCAGCGAUAACGCUGGAACUCUAUUAUACUGCGCGACGUUUUUUUACGCGUGUUGCUUAAAGUUACCUACUAAAUGUGUAGCCCACGUACACUGUCACCACAGUAACACGUCGUACACGAGGCGAAUAGAUUUCCAAAGAGAACAAAGAUGAGUCGGUUCCUCAAUGUACUGCGAAGUUGGUUGGUGAUGGUCGCUGUCAUCGCCAUGGGGAACACGGUACAGAGUUUCCGGGAUCACAGUUUCCUCUCGGAGAAACUUUACACUGGAACCCCAGAGUUUGUAAACGGCCUCCAAGCACGAACCUUUGGAAUCUGGACCUUGUUGUCGUCCAUAAUUCGCUGCGCUUGUGCUAUUGACAUCCAGAACAAAACGCUCUAUCAUAUCACAUUGUGGACCUUUAUUUUGGCACUGGGACACUUCCUCUCCGAAGCCUUUAUUUACAAAACGGCACCUCUGACGAUCGGCGUGAUGGCACCACUGAUUGUAGCAAGUGUCUCUAUCCUGGGCAUGCUCAUUGGGUUCCAGUGUGUUGGCGAGCCACAGGAAGUGGUCGGGGCACGGCAGAAGAAGCGGAACUGAGCUCAGCCAGGCUUCACUCUACGUGCCGUCACGCGUCAUGCCACGCAACUCCGCCUCUCCCAACCACCCCAGCCCUCCUUGCACUCUCCCAACCUCGAGCGCAACGUUUAAAAAAAUAACAAAAAACUGACGUCAA